GUGCGGUUGCCUGUACUUCCGGAGAACGUAAAACGUUUCACGAGCAGCGAGAUAGCGAGAAGAAGAAAAAUAAUGAAAGGGUUGCUAGUCUGUCUCUCUUGACUUAUAAUUAUACAAUAUUUAUAUUUUAUAGAAUUAAAUACAUUCGAACACCUUGCGGACAUUUAAGUGAAAUCGCAAGAGGCGUCUGAAUCAACAGUUAUCACCACAGCCAAAGUCUCCUAUCUCUUCCCUGGUCCCACCCCGAUGUCGAGCACACUGGCCAGCCACCACAGUGAUUGGUAGAGGACGGUGAAGGGGCAGCCAGCGGCUAGGUGCCAGCCCUCGGCCCAUGAGCGUUGUCGUGCCAGGCCUCAGCCGGUGCCAGUGACGGGGCUGUGGUGGGCACGGCCCGAGGCCUCUAACUGGAUCCCUCGAAGCAGCAGCAGCCGCCGCCCGGCGGCGCCCGCAGUGCCAUGGACCAUCCAAAAGAGGGUGAGCGGCCGGCGAGGAGCAGCAAGGUGGCACAGGGGCGCAGCGGGCACUCCAGACCCUCCAGCUCCUCAGCCUCCUCCGGGGUGCUCAUGGUGGGACCCAACUUCCGCGUGGGCAAGAAGAUCGGCUGCGGCAACUUCGGAGAACUGAAGCUCGGUAAAAAUCUCUACACCAACGAGUAUGUAGCUAUUAAACUGGAACCAGUCAAGUCGAGGGCACCACAGUUACAUUUGGAGUACCGGUUCUACAAAACAUUAGGAAGUACAGCGGAAGGCCUGCCCCAGGUGUUCUACUUUGGGCCCUGUGGGAAGUAUAAUGCCAUGGUCCUAGAGCUGCUGGGCCCCAGUUUAGAAGACCUCUUUGACCUUUGUGACAGGACCUUCUCACUAAAGACUGUAUUAAUGAUUGCCAUUCAGCUGAUCUCCCGGAUGGAGUAUGUGCACUCUAAAAACCUCAUCUACAGAGACGUAAAGCCUGAGAACUUCCUCAUCGGACGGGGAGGAUGCAAAAAGGACCACAUUAUCCACAUCAUUGACUUUGGCCUGGCCAAAGAGUACAUCGACCCUGAAACCAAAAAACACAUCCCAUACCGGGAGCACAAGAGCUUAACCGGGACAGCCCGAUACAUGUCCAUUAACACACAUUUGGGAAAAGAGCAAAGUCGUCGAGAUGACCUGGAAGCCUUGGGUCACAUGUUCAUGUACUUCCUCCGUGGGAGUCUACCGUGGCAAGGACUAAAGGCUGAUACACUGAAAGAACGAUACCAGAAGAUCGGCGACACAAAAAGAAACACUCCCGUUGAGGUUCUCUGUGAGAGCUUCCCAGAGGAGAUGGCCACCUAUUUACGCUACGUGAGGCGGUUGGAUUUCUUUGAAAAGCCUGAUUACGAAUACCUGAGGACCCUGUUCACAGAGCUGUUUGAACGGAAAGGAUACACCUUCGAUUACACCUACGACUGGGUCGGCAGGCAGAUACCAACACCAGUAGGGACUGUCAACAUGGACUCUGGGGCUUCUGCCAUCACCAGAGAGAGCCACCCACACAGAGAACGGCCCUCGCAGCACCAACCCAUGAGGAAUCAGACGGCAGCUUCCGACCGGAGGGGAGCAUGGGAAGUGCAGCCCAGUCGGACAAACUCCUCCUACAUGGCCUCCCACCUGGCAUCGGACAGGCACGGGGGCUCAGUGCAGGUGGUCAGUUCAACCAAUGGGGAGCUGAAUGCCGAUGACCCUCUGGCAGCCCACUCCAAUGCACCAAUCACAGUCCAGGCCGAGGUGGAGGUGGUGGAUGAGGCCAACUGCGUGAAAAUGCUCAACCUGUGGUGCUGCUGCUUCUUCAAACGAAAACGGAAGAAGAACACCCCGCGACACAAAUGAUCAGCGGCACGCCUGGAUCGCUCAAAAGUCUUGCUCGAUAAGGUUGUGAAUCGAGAACAUCAAUAAAGUCCCAUUCAGACCAACGAAGAAGACCACGGGAGAGUGAUGAGAGGCGAUGUGAACACACACAGACAAGUGUGGCUGUCUGUCGAUGGGAAUUCCUUUAGAAUUUUGUUGUUUUUCCUCCACGAUGCUUGGGAAUAUUUGUCGGGCCCCGUUGUUGCCGGGAUUGGGAUCUUGGCUUUUGCAAUUAGUUUAAGCUUGAUUGAUGGGCUGGACAAUGGAAACACAACGGACUGUCUCUCAGCCUCUUGCUCUUUCAUAAACACACACUGAAUGUAUGGGCGGAAAGAUAAAUGUCUAUGGGAGAAUAAAGAAGAUGGGACAAGUCCUGGGAGAGGAAAGCUUGUUGGCUACUGACUGACUACAUGUAAAUAAAUAAUGGACCAAUAUCAGUUGGAACUGCCACACCUCUAUAAACGGUUUGGACUUCAGUGUAACAAUGUCCACAUGGUAGCAACCUAGUGGUGUUUCCUCUACACUGCACACUAAGGAGAGAAGAGAGGGAGAUGGUGGCUUAAGUGUUGUCUACUGCUACUGUCCAAUGCCUUAACCAAACCAGUACCCAACAGAGCCAGGAGAGGGUGACGCAGGAGGCCAGGCUCUCCGUACUGAGAGGAUAUCUAUGGUCCCCUGCUUAAUGUAAUGAUGUAACAUACCACCCAAUGUGGAGUUCAGUUCCCCACUGGUGGUACAGUAUCUAUAGAAUAGGUGGUUCAGAGAUAAUGUUGACUAGGGGCAACAGUUUAGGGUUCAUUUGGUUGUUUGUCAGUGAACUGUCAUGUAAAAUUCAGUGCCAUGUCAGCUUUGUGCGUUCGAUCUCUAUCUGCAAUGUUCAUAACGUUGCAACACACUGUGUAAGCCCUUGGUCUCGUAGAAUGAUCUCAUGUUCUGUCGUUGAGGGAAUGCUCUUUCACAUUUUCUGCCCCUCUGUUUCCAGUGUAUUUGCCCUGUGCUGCAAAGCAUCAUCUGUGAGACUAUUGAUGAUGAUUGAUCCCAAAUGCCAAGUCCCCAAAAGUCCCAAAUGGAAAACCUGGGAUUGCCUCAAAUGGAUAUUGAAAAGUACCUGGUGAAAAUCUGUGUAUAUGGUUAUUUUAUUUUAUUCAAUGUUGCUUUUUGUUUUUCCUUGCAAGUGACAUGGAGGAUUGCCUUGAACAAACACACUCGACGUCGACACUGUCACCUUGCCUAUCCUCUCCACAGCAUUAAUUCCAUAGGAGUGACAUUUGGGUUUUAUGUAAUUAUGUCCAUUUUAUUUUUUAUUUUUUAAUAUAUAGCUAAUGUGAAUUUCAAAUGUGAGCAAAUGUAUUUUUCUGUUUCAAAUAGCCAUGAAGUAUGUGGACCGGACAGAGGGGGACAAAAAGCUAGAGUUUUGACUGCACUACAUUUGUUGACCCACUGAUGUUGACCUAAUACCUUGCUUUCCCCGUACUGUAUUGAUUGAUGUGCUUACUAUACUUAAUUGUAGCGGCCUUCUGUGCUAGGUCUGUUCUUACAUACACUUAACCAAUUCCGGCAUUAACCCCCCCCUAACCCCCGUGCCAUGACGUGUGUAAACCCACACAGACAUACACACCCUAGACAUUUAAUGUAUGAUGUGAUGUCACCUCCUGGUGGGGUGCUGGAUGCUGAUGUCCUGUUGACCAUGGUUGUGUUCAGUAGGGCACACUGUUGCCAAACGUUUUGCAACUGUAAUCAAAAAAAGCUGUGUUAUUGUACUAGGUCAGGUAGUACCUCUCCGUUUGGGAAACGUUUUUCUCCCUGCUGAACAUGACCCAGGUUGGUCGUCCCAUAUGGAGGCACAAUGCCUGAGGGGAUGCCAACCGGCUCAACAGACCUCUAUGAGCAGGCAUGCUUGUAUGUGCAUAAUUAUAUUGUAUAUUCUUUCUUUUUAUGUUUUUUUUUUUUUUUUCCCCGUUGUGACUUGAGCUAGUUCCUCUGGGGUCUAAGUUAUUGUGUUGAGAAUACUUGAAUGUGAUAAAUCUAUUGGACUUCUUCUGUUGUCUUUUCCGUUUUAUAGGUCAGUACGUUAUUCCUCUGAGAUGGCUUUGAGGGCAUAACUGGUGAGGAAAAGGCUUUUUGAAUGACCGGUAUUCCUCAUAGUGCCUCUUGACUGGGUGUUUGAGGGAGGGAGUUGGCAUUGCGGUCUAGCUUGCCUCUGUUGGAUGUCUGUGGGUGACUGGUUUAGCCUAGGGUUGGAUUGGCACUCCGUCAUUCAGGGACAUCAGUAACUGCUGCACAACAGGGUCUAGAGUUCAGAUCAAGUAUGUCAGCAGAAUGGCUCCACCUGCUGGGUGUAUGUAGGCUUUUCUGUCAGACUUCAAACCAGUGUUGCUCAGCCCAGCACUGACACCUCAUUCAGCCAAUCACCAAAUCCUUGAAUAUUGGAAUCAUUGCGUGUUAGUGCAGGGCUAGAACAAGAAUGUGCAUCCUCUGGGUGUCUCCUGGGGAUGUAUUGAUAAACACUACUUUUAAUAGACUAGCCAUCACAGUUAUACUGUGACAUACCAGUUCACUUUGAAAGUAUAAAAUAUUGUUGAAUCUAGUGAGACAGACAUCCAGAGAAUGGCCUUGAAUGGUCCUUCUGUUCCUAAUGCCGUCCUACUGACUACUAUCCACCGCCUUCACCAGUGCCAGGAAAAUGUCAACUGCAACUCUGAUCGAAUUCCACCUCGUGCCCCACUGCCAUUUUAUAUAUUUUUCACCCACCUGUAAUGUUGAAAGAGACCGUUGAGGUUUGAAACUAGCGAUUUAAAGUCCUAUAUUGUGUUCUUGAGGUGGCUGAGAGUAAUAACAUAAUUUGAAACAUAAUUAUUGAACCACUUGUCAAUUAAUCAUUUUUUAAAAUUAACUUUCACUCCUCAACCAUAUUUCCAUUUCAGUCGACCAUUUUAUUUUGGAGUGGAACGUCACUUUGUAUACUUUGAUACAUCUGUAUCCUACCGUCAACAGUGGUCUUAAUGCAAGUGUUGUAUCACUGUUUAAAUUCAUUUCCUUCCUGCAAUUUUGGCUUUAACAGCUGAUAGACAUUUUUACAUUUACAUCAUUUAGCAGACGCUCUUAUCCAGAGCGACUUACAAAUUAUGAGUACUACAAAUUGAUAUGUGCAUUCUAGUUUCCUCAAGACUUGCCUUUCCACAGCCUGUCUAGAAUGAGGAAUAUUUGCUGUAUUGUGUAUUUGCAUGGCUUAUCUGGAGCAGAUGUCUACCUGUUAAAUGGCAAGGCUUCCUGGAGUGGACGUAUGAAGCUAAGCACCCGUACAAAGUUAUUCUCUCUGGUCAAAAUCGAGCUCUAAUAAGGCCUCCCAUUUGUUUGACUUGAUAAGUCCUCCCCAGAGCACAUUCCAAUUUCAGUUGUCAUUCCUUAUACAGUACUACUACACCUUGCCUGUCAGUCAGAGCUCAUUGCUUUCAAUUGACUUCAGUGUCUUGUGUUGUUCAUCAUUUUAUUUCCUGCAUGUGUCAAAAUGGCAUGUAAAUCCUUAUAGCAGCAUAGAGGAAAAUGAAUGGAAAGAGAUGACUGGUCUUUUUUGGGGGGUUCUCUGGCACUUUCUUCCUGUCGCUGUACUGUAGAGUUGUCUUGGGUUGGCUGUAUAAUAUGUCUGGUGUGACACAUGACUGCAAUGUUUUAAUUAUUUUACAUUUUACAUUCACCAUUAUAGUUUUUUGUCAGUUGGAUUAUUUUAAAGAAAAUAAAGACGUUUUUCUUUCAAACUGUGGAAAGUAGAAUUGUACAGUACCACGAGUUUAUCCCCCUACUCUUGCUCUGGCAAUUGUUUUCAAAGCUAUGAUUUAAGAAAUUAAUCCUACAACUGUAUUAUGAAAAUUAUUGUGUUGAAAUAUGAAUGUUACUUCAAAUGUAUUUGAAUGGUUUAACCUAGUUAAGGGCUUCAUGAAUGAAGGACCCAUCUUUUGAUUUCUUUAUUUUAUUAUAAUUUAAUUUUUUUAAGUACAGAAAGAUAAAUGACCAGACUCUUUAUCUUAAAGGCCUAUUUUCCUGGGGAUUCGUGUGAGACGUCACAUAUAUCCUUACAAAUUCACUUUUUAUUCCCUCCACGCUUAAAGGGGAAACUCAAGUUUGCACCCUUUUUAAAAAAUGUAAAACAAAUAAAAAAAUCUCUCUUAACCUUU